CGCGGCGGCCAAUGGGAGGCGGCGGGCGGUGGUGACGCGGCGCGGCCGUGGCAGCGGAGCGGCGCGGUGCGGGUCCUGCCAUGCCGCACUACCAGGCCUGGGAGGAGUUCACGCGCGCCGCCGAGAAGCUCUACCUCGCCGAUCCCAUGAAGGUGCGGGUUGUUCUCAAAUAUCGACACUGUGAUGGGAAUCUCUGCAUCAAAGUAACGGAUGAUGUAGCUUGUUUGCUGUAUAGGACAGACCAGGCACAAGAUGUAAAGAAGAUCGAAAAAUUCCACAGUCAGCUAAUGCGACUCAUGGUAUCCCGCAGUGCUGCCAUGGAAACAGACUGAAUUGCUGAAAAUAAAAUGGGUGCUCCAGUCAUAUUUCACUGGAAGAAAAUAUCUCUUGGAUUUGAACAAAUACUGGGACAGGAGAUGCUUUUAUGUACUGAAGUGGACUGGUGACAAGUCUGAAGCAUUUUUCUGUCCCAGACUUUGCUUCGGAAAACUAGGAAAAUAAAUGCUUUCAAUUGAAAGCUUAUAUUUCUUUUCGGGAAUUGAACAAGAAACUAUUCUUACAUAUUGGGUAUGCUAAAAAGACAAGUAAAUAUUUUAAAUCUAUACUACUGUAGUCUGAAUUUAAUGGGCCACAAGCAUAGUUCUGGAAAGUUACUAUAAAAUUUCAUAUAGAUUUGUGUUCAUACCUUAUGCUGGUAUAUUCUCACAAUGAGAUGGUUUAUUAACCCAACUGAUACUGUGGCAUGAUGACUGGAUCUAAUAAGUAUUUACUUAAGCAAUAUACAUCGGUGGCAUUUAGAAGAAUGGAUGUUUUUUGAACUGAAAUGUUAGAAUUGCCAAUUUCUAUUAGCACUGUUGCUAGUAAGAUUUUAGCUUUUAGUGUUGAUCUUGAUCAUAAGCUGUGCAACAUUCUGUGAUGCAGUUUGUAGAACUCUUAUAUCAGCUAAAUAAUUAAACUUAUGUAUUUUUAAAAUUGAAGUAAAACUUUGCGUGGAUAUUGCUAGAGAUCAGUAAGAAACUGAAUGUCUUUUCUACUUAUGCAAAUACAAAUACUGUUGUUAUGAAGUAGUCCAUACUGGAACUAUCUUAUACUAGGCAGGGAGACCUUUUCCUGUCUUUGCUUUGGGCAGAGUUGAAGGAUAUCAGAAAGACAAAUUCCAGAAGCUCUUGCCUAUUAUGCUAAUAGAAAAAAUGCAACCAAACAGUAUCCAGAUUCCUUAUUCUAGCAGCUUGCUAACUGUGCAUUUACAAAUGUUACAUGUGGCGCAUGGAUGUCAGCCAACUGAAUAAAUGAAUGAAAACCAGCUUAAUAAAUACUUAAAUAACACUGUUAAAUAUAGACCAGUGCUCCUAUGGCUCAGACUUGUUUCUCAUUGUUACUUCUGGUAGAGUGAUGGAAGCCUCAAUUGUCUUUUGCAAAGGCUUUUUGCUUGAAAACCCAGCAGCUGAAAUUGAUACUUGCUUUGACUAGAUCUUGCAUACUUAAAACUAGAUGAAUAUUUUAAUGUGAUUAUGCUAUUGCUAUAACUAGGCUUUUCCAGGAGUAAUGUUUUUGGGUUAAACCAAGCCACAAAAAUAAAGCAGAGCCAUAAAAAUA